AUGGCGCUAAGGGUGUGUUUCUUGGUACUUCUGCUGGCUAUAGACUAUAGUGCGUACGCUCGAAGCGUGUCAAAUGACGACACUAUGGAUGAAGUAAAAGAUAAUGAGUACAAGGACGACUUCAACUUGGUUUCCAACUCGAACUUGGACGUUGUCAAGCACGAAGAUCUGGUGGAAGUGGAAUGUGACGGUUUGGAAUGUGCAGCUGAGGUGAAGGACGUUAGCGCGGGCGUUCUUUCUGUCUGGGAUCGAGGUCUCGUGACAACAAAACUCAACCCAACGCUCAUCCUGCAGGAACAUGCACAAACUGCCAGUAAUGUCCUGAAAAACUUCAGAGGCGAGACACUCGGCUAUGUGACACCAUGGAACAGUCGAGGCUACGACAUGGCCAAACGGUUUCGUACUAAGUUUACGUACAUCUCGCCCGUAUGGCUACAAGUGCGUGAAGACCCUGACCAUGUACCGAUCAUCACAGGUACACACGACAUCGACCGGCAGUGGGUUCAGGAUAUUAAAAAUGGGGCUGAAGGGGAAAAAGUAGAGGAAGAAGGUCCUGCAGUGCUACCUCGUGUCGUCUAUGAGCGCAACCAUAUCAGUGUGGAGGAUGAUCCGCUGAUUAUUUCCAAGUUGCUGACGUUGACGGAUGAGCAUGACUUUGAUGGAAUAGUGUUUGAGAUUCCAGUGAUGGAACGGACGUUGGAUAUGCUGCAGCAAAUGGCUCGGGCCUUUCGAGCAGCGGAUAAGUUGCUGAUCCUUGUGUUGUCUAGAAGUUCAAAGGACGGUGAGAUGCCUGUGACGCACGAGCUUUUCAACAAGUUGGCACCGUUAGUGCACCGUUUUUCCAUGAAUGCGUAUGAUUUUAGUAUACCAGGGCCAAACGCGCCCUAUCCAUGGCUGAAAAAGACGCUUGAGAAAAUGUCGCCGAUGGAGCGGCAACGAAUACUAAUGGGACUUCCGUUUUACGGCUAUGAUAAUACUGAGGCGAUCACGGGAAGCUCUUACAUUCAAGUGUUGAACGAUAACGAUGUGGCGAAAAUUCGAUGGGAUGCAGCUGCACAUGAGUGUCAACACACGUACACUGCGGAAACGGGUAGCCGUCAUGUUGUUUUCUUUCCAUGUCUGCAAUUCCUGCAAGACCGUUUGAAGCUAUACAAGGCUUACGGUGUGGGGGUUGCGAUUUGGGAGCUUGGACAAGGGCUCGAUUUCUUUUACGACCUCCUGUAA